AUGGACUUCAAUGGUUCAUCGCCCUUUCCCGAGGGAGUCAUCUCCUUCCUUGACACCGACUUGUACAAGUUGACUAUGCAAUGCGCCGUCCUCAGGUACUUUUCGGAUGUCAAGGUCACAUACGCCUUUCACAACAGAACCCCCGAGAAGAAGCUUUCCAGAGCCGCCUUUCGCUGGCUUCAGAUCCAAAUCAAUAAACUUGGUAACAUUGCGCUCUCAAACGACGAACUCCGCUUCCUGCAGAAUACUUGCACGUAUCUGAAUAAACCCUAUCUCGACUUCCUCAAAGAGUUCCGCCUCAAUCCUCGCGAUCAAAUCGAGGCCUCCUUCACGCCCGAGAAAGACACUGGAAGUGAGGAUGACAUUGGUGAAUUCUGCCUGACGAUCAAGGGUUUAUGGGUGGAGACGAUUCUCUACGAGAUCCCGCUCUUGGCCCUGACGAGCGAAGCUUACUUCCGAUUCAUGGAUACCGAUUGGACAUAUGAUGGACAAGAAGACAAGGCCUAUGCUAAGGGAAUGCGCCUUCUCGAGGCUGGCUGUGUCGUUUCCGAGUUUGGAACCAGACGGAGAAGAGAUUAUCAUACGCAGGCGUUGGUAUUCCGAGGCUUGGUCAAGGCGAAGAAGGCAGGGGAGAAGGCUGGUCUGUCAGGCGCAAUUUCGGGAACAAGUAAUGUCCAUUUGGCAAUGAGGUUCGGGAUUCCUCCAAUUGGCACAGUCGCACACGAAUGGUUCAUGGGCGUCGCCGCUAUCACCGGAGAUUACAAGACGGCUACGACGACUGCAUUAAACCAUUGGGUUGACUGUUUCGGAGAAGGCGUUCUAGGAAUUGCACUCACGGAUACCUUCGGCACGUCUGUCUUUCUGGGAUCCUUCAAGCAACCUAUACCCCGCAUGACGACCACCGGGGAUGGCAAGACCUCCGAGGUACCUCUGGAAACUUCUUUGGACAAGAUCGAUGGAAAAGCAAAGACUUUUGCGGACGUUUUCGCUGGCGUUCGACAAGACUCUGGUGACCCUGCCGACUUCGUUAAGAUUAUGCGACGGUUUUAUGAUGAGCAAGGAAUCAAGGACAAGAAAACCAUUGUUUUCUCUGAUUCUCUAAAUAUCGACCUAUGCAUACAGUACAAGAAGAUAUCCGACGAUGCUGGUUUCAACACAACUUUCGGUGUUGGCACUUUUUUCACCAACGAUUUCAUCCACCAGAGUACCGGCACCAAGUCUACCCCACUCAAUAUUGUCAUCAAGCUCGGCUCCGCAGCAGGAAACCAAGCUAUUAAGAUUAGUGAUAAUAUAGGAAAGAAUACAGGUCAUAAGGAGACUGUGGAGAGGGUGAAGAGGGAGUUGGGAUAUGUCGAGAGAGAGUGGAAGGGUGGUGACGAAGCUAGUAGAUGGGGAAAAGAUGGCGAGCCAUUAAACACCUGA